AUGGAACAAGAAUUACUCAUCUUAAAAAGAGACAACCCAGAACUCUGCAUAUUAGAGACACGAAUCUCAAACUUCGUUGCAAAGCAUCAUGGCAUGGAUAAACUGUGCUAUGCAUGGCUUUACUGCAUAUACAACGGAGACUAUGAUAUACUGAAACGGACCAUUCAGCGUUAUCAUAAAACAGGAAUAAAAUCCUUUUUCAGGCUUUUCGGGCCCAAAGUGAUGUAUGGGUCUUUAUAUUAUCCUUCAGAUGAUACUGGACUGAAGUUUAUAAUUGACAACGUCCCAAAAGACUUGAUUAUUUCAGCCAUCAGAGCAGGACAAUACUAUGUAGUAAAGCUGUUCAUGAUGAACAUGGCUUUAGAUAUUAGUGAAGGCAAGCUGACUGAAGAGAAGAUUUACUGGAAUGUGAGAAAGCUUAGCUUGCUAAUGAGCUUAAAACCAGAAGAAAUUAAAGCUGCUAUUAGAGAAAGUUUGGAACAAAAAGCGAUAAAUGUAACAGUCAAAGAGAAAAUUGUAACUUCUUUAAAGCUUCAUAUUGAAUUUGAAUAA